UAUAAUGUAGGAACCACAAUAUUAAUAACAGAAGGAAACAACCCUUUUGUGUGAAUGAGUGUAAAUGGGGGAGGGAGGUUUUUUGGGUUGGUGCACUAAUUGUAAGUGUAUCUUGUGUUUUUUAUGUUGAUUUAAUUAAAAAAAACAAAAACAAAAAAAAAACGAUACCGAUAAUAAAAAAACCGAUACCGAUAAUUUCCGAUAUUACAUUUUAAAGCAUUUAUCGGCUGAUAAUAUCGGCCGGCCGAUAUUAUCGGACAUCUCUAAUAACCAACCAUGACGGAGGGAGAUCAAAUGCUUCAUAGCCAAUAUUUAAGAAUUCUAAUGUUGGUUGCCCAGUAAUAAAAUCUAAAGUUUGGUAGUGCUAAUCUUCCCGACGAUUUGGCUUUCUGUAUUAAUUGUUUACAUAAUCUGUGAGUCUUUUCAUUCCAAAUUAAGUGUAAAAUCUGACUAAUCUAAUUUACGAAAGGACUGAGGGAGAAAAAGGGUUAAACAUUGGAACAAAUGAGAAAAUCGCGGCAGUACAUUCAUUUUAACAGAGUUGACACAGGCCACCGUAAAUAAAUUAAGUGAGGACCAGCAGUCAAAAUCUCCCUGGAUUCUGGACAACAGUGGAACAAAGUUGGCUUUAUAAAGCUUUGCAAGCGUAUGUGUGACCCGGACACCCAAGUAGGUGAAACUUUGCAAAGCAAUUUUAAAGGGAAAAUGGUCAGAGCUUGUUGGAUUUCCCUCAGCCAGACAUCACGGAAUUCACAGGCACAAUACACAAAAAAGAAGCAGCACACGACAGCCACAUCACUUUCACCAUGAAGGGUUUGAAGUCCAUGACUUUAACGUAUGUUCUCACACUCCUACUGGCUGCAUUUGUCACGCAAACCUGGAGUGCACCAAAGGCUUCUUUCCAAAGGAGAAACUGGAGCCCGCAGGCUAUGCUGUACCUCAAAGGCACUCAAGGACGCAGGUUCAUCUCAGAGGACCGAAAAGAGGGUGAUGUGUAUGACACAUUACACUUAGAGACCCGUAGCCAGAACACAGAAAAGCUGAGCGUGGAUCAAGCCGCCACUGUUUUACUCAACUUUUUGCAGCAAGCCAGGGAUGGAGCGGAUGAAAACCCAGAUGAGAUGUACUUCCAGGAGAUGCCGGUGUGGAAGAGAGAAUACUUCUAAGUACUCCUUUAAAAUAUGAUGGAGAAGAAAAUAUGUUUUUGUACAUUAUGUAGAUGAUACAAGUAUAUUUCAAAUGUGAUGUUUUAAUAAACGAUAAAUAAAAUAAUAUUAUCUCAAGUUGGACUGCUCUUUAC